AUGAGGACGAUAAGGCUGGUGGUCGAUCUUUUGGAUUACCGUUCUCGAGCCUACUUUCUUAUUUGCGUCAUCUGCGUCAUCGUGGUACCGAUCGUCGCCUCGAGCCAUGGGGAUAAGAAUGAUCACGCGAGCACGUACGAGAAGAAGACUGAGGAGGGAUCAGCGAAAAACCUGAACAAACCGAAGCUUUCCACGCACGAUGAAAGCAACGAAGCCUCAAACAUCAAGAACAACGACAUCGAUAGCGGUGCUCAGUCGCCAAAGAUCAAGAACGGGAACAGUGUCGCGUUGAACAGAUUCUUGGAGAACGUUCUGAAAGCUAAGGACGAUUUCAAGUGGAUAGAUCGGGCUGUGUAUGAGCUUCAUCACGCCAAGGAUUUGGAGAAGUGA